CUCCGAGGCCACGUGAGCACGAACUUUAGGUGCCUUCGCGGAAGUGACGUCAGGAAGCGAUGGCGGCCCGUGCUGCUCUCCCGUGUCGGAUUUAAACUGUCUUUAGUGACUGUGCUGCUCGUGUGUCCGGUGUGAAUCCCUCCUCUCGGACUCCGGGGUUGUGGUGGACAUGAUCAAGACGCGCCAGUGUCUGCUCGGCGCGCGCUCUUUCCUCGCACUGACCUCCAGAAUAUGGAGCUUGUUCUUGUACAUCCUCAGGAAGCACAUACGAACGAUAAUCCAGUAUCAAACAGUGCGCUACGACAUCUUACCAUUGUCACCCCUUUCCAGAAACAGACUCGACGGCGUGAAGCGAAAGAUCUUAGUUUUAGAUCUGGACGAGACGUUGAUCCACUCGCAUCACGAUGGCGUUCUCAGACCUACGGUGCGGCCGGGAACACCGCCAGACUUCAUCCUCAAAGUGGUGAUUGACAAACAUCCGGUGCGAUUCUUUGUGCAUAAAAGGCCUCAUGUGGACUUCUUCCUGGAGGUGGUCAGUCAGUGGUAUGAGUUGGUGGUGUUCACUGCUAGUAUGGAGAUCUACGGAUCUGCGGUAGCUGAUAAACUGGAUAACAACAGAGGAUUGCUCAAAAGAAGAUACUACAGACAGCACUGUACGCUGGAUUCAGGUAGUUAUAUAAAAGACCUGUCCGUCGUACAUGGCGACUUAUCAAGUAUUGUCAUUCUUGACAACUCGCCGGGAGCAUAUCGCAGUCAUCCAGAUAAUGCAAUACCUAUAAAAUCGUGGUUUAGUGACCCAAGCGACACAGCACUUCUUAACCUGCUGCCCAUGCUGGAUGCACUAAGGUUCACGGCAGACGUACGGUCCGUCCUGAGCAGGAACCUCCACCAGCAUCGACUCUGGUGAUCAUCCGGCCGAGGGCUUUCCUCAAGCCCGCUCUUCUUUUUAGUUUUUUUUCCAACUGCUUCCCUAUGUGACAUCUGCCUGUCCGUUCUCCCUCGACUCUUUACCUCUCAGAAACGCCCUUAUGUAAGGGCCACAGGGAAGAGAAUCUGUCCCGAACUCAGAUGGGAUGGAAAAGGCAAAGUCUUUGGGAAGCUUUUUCCCUACGUUUUUUUUUUUUCUUCUUCGAGAUGGAGUCUCUGCCUUACAGCUCUACCUGUGCUGAUCACAUGUGUGAGUUACGUUUGUGGAAUGUGUGUAUGAGGAUAUUUGAGGCAAGAAAAACAGACCUUUUCGUGACUUGCGUCUUCAAUCCCAGCUUGGGACAUCAUACCUCACUUUUAAAGGUGGAGAUCUGCUCAGAACUGGCCAGCAGCACUCUGCACAUCUAAUAGAGUUCACUGGAAAACUCUUGUUGAGACGGAUUAUGACGGACUGGUGGACUUCAGGGUCAUCAUGGUAGAGUUGUAUAUACUGUUAUUAAGGUACUGUCUUGGAAGACAUGGGGUUUUAAUGACUUCUCAAUGGUAGACCUGUCCAAAUUCAUGGAUUAUGUGGCAGAUUCUUAAAUUUUAUUCUUUUGGUUAGUUCUCAUCCUGUUUUAUUCUGGGCAGUAAAUGAAAUUGUCAUGAUUAUCAGGGAGGAUGUAGUAGAUACGAGCUUUGAAGAAGCUUAAUGACAGAUUUUAAGCCUAUCUGCUCUGAUUCUUCUCUACAGAAUGUAUGUGGUUGGUUAUGAAAUCCUACCACUUGGACGCCUUUUUACAAAUGUGUUUUUUUUUUUCUCACCUGAAAGUGUAAUAAUGGCAAGACUUGAAUUUAUAAAACUUCAUUGUAUUGAAGAACUGACUGAGCAA